AUGCGGUCCACCUCAACUCAAAAUUCAAAUUCCCGCCGUCCUGCCGCGUGCUUCGAAUUAUUUGGAGCACCACGGGCAGCACUUCUCACCGUCUCAAUGCAAAUUCUGACGAUGCUUCUCGAAGUUUCUGUCUAUUUUAUUCUGGAAUCGAAGGGAUAUUUUGUGACGAAUGAAAUAUUCCGAAUGGUGAUCCUCCCUGUGGCAACUGUCUACAUUGGAGGUGCAGUUUUGGCGGCGUUUGGAAUAUUUUUGAAGAAGAAAUUGCUGAUUACAAUCCAUACGACUAUCACAAUGACUCUGAUGCUUCUGACGGAUAUUCUCGCGGUUUCGAUUAUUUUAUUGAUGGCGAUUGGGAAGAGAUCCACAUAUUUGAACGAGUUGCCAGGACAGUUUGUGAAUGAGAGAAAGUUUUAUAGCGUUCUCGGUCCAUUCUGGAUGUACCUCGGAGCCAUUUCCCUUCAUAUUACUGUAGCCGUGAAUAUGGCAUUCUUGCAACCACUCAACGAGUUCUCGUCGUCUGUUGAUGGGAAUGAUGAAACCGAGAUGGCCAAGAAUUCGGAAAUCCCACCAAACUAUUCGAAUGAGAAACAGGAAUUAUCAUAA